AUGUCAAUCACAUCCCGCGGCAGUGCUCAGAGUGCAGAGGGUCAAAGACUGAGGGCAAGUAGAGAAGAGUUGAAACUUGGUGUUUUUGUAUUAUAG